UUCACUUCGUGUGCAUACUGUCGGACACUACGCAUCGCAUGCAUUGAUAUGUGAGAUGAGAUGGAGUCUUCACUUUCCGGCAAUGGCUUUAGUGCAAUGUGAAGAGUUGGCACACCCCUUCGGUCAACGGUACUGAAGGCAGUUCUUGUGCAGCUCGUUGCAGAUCCUGGGUGGUAGUUCGAGAGCAGGCGCGCGAAACUCCAGCGGGCCGGUCAAGAUGAAAAGAAGCUUGAAGACGACGUUCAGUCUGGCAUCUGGUUGAAGCGGCGCAUAGCUAUAGGUUCCAGUGUCGGCAUGCCGUUGCCGCAAGCCGUAACACAAGAGCAAAGAGGAAGCAUUUCAUGGCAGAGUUGCUAAGAACCGCAGACAGGAUGCAAAGAAGUCAAGUAAGAGGUGUUGACGAUGACUACUUCACAGAUACAUGUGCAGGCGCCGUUCCGUGCACUGGAAAUCACGAUGUGCCGCCGAACGUCGCUUCUGCUGGAAAUCAGCUCAAUCCAUACCAGAGGCAGGCUUCACCCCCGAGACGCACCAACUUGAGGCAAUGUCCUCGCGAUCCGCCUCACAUAUGCAUCAGCAUUAUCAUCACUCGGCGCGCGCUCGUCUGAUUCUGCGCUUCGCAACAUUCGCGCCGCUGCUUAACUUUGACCGCUGCAUUAGCGUCAAGGGACAAUAGAAGCGCUGCAGCACAAUGGAAGCUCGUGCCACGCCGGCGUGACACACACACAGCUGCCUGGAAUAUCGCUUCUCGUCCGAUCUCUUCCUCUUCAACCUUUACCAAACUUCUUCCACCUCGUUUUUGCAUACCGCACGCAUACCGCACGCAUACAACAUGGCAGACCCCCUUCGCAGCAGCUUGUUGCACCACGACUCCCUCACUGACGCAGUCACCGGCGAGAGUGUCACACCAGAAACCCAACUCACUGCACUGCACUCGCCGUCACCCGGCUCCCUUCUGUUCAACCUGACGCAGACCGCGGGCCCAAGCAAGCCGUGCUCGUUGGUCUUCAACAAUGAGCUGUUUCCGUCUGACGGUCACUCUCACGAGCCAGCAAAUUCCGCCUUCCACGCGGACGUCACCUUCAGCGACUUGCUCACCAUUCCGCACUUGCGUGUCGAGGUCAAGUGGCCGGCCCUUGACUUGAAAGUCGCUGUCAAGAUUCGCAUCACCGAAAACAACGUGCGAGUGGCCUCAAACGUCACGCGCGGCGAUCUCACCGCAGACGAGCUGGCCUGCACUUCCUCGGGAUCGUCACGGCUCAGUCGAGAGGGCUUCAACAACGCCAUCGCGAAAACCAACCAGCUCUGCGUCAAGAGCCAGCGCUUGCUAUGGCAUCUUCGAGCGCUUUUCGACACUGAUGGCCCAAAGGCAGUCAGAAUACGCUUCUUCGACACAUUGGCUGAUGACAAGAGCUCCUGUAUCCCUCAACUUCUGCCAUUCAUUGUUGGCCCUCACAAGCUCAAAUCGCUCGCUCUACCAGAUCACAGUCAGCUGGUACCUUUGUCGGUCACUCGAACACCUCACGAGCUCUUAAGCUCUCCAGCUCCGUUUCCAUUCACAACAUUGAGCAGCGGCACAACCUACAUCAGCAUCAACGAUGCCCAAGCUCAACUCUUCGAGAGUGCCCGCAUUGCACAUGUCGAGCAAGAUCUCGGACUCCAGCAGUGGUCCAAAGUCCAGCAUGAAGCGGUUCCAUAUCAGCUUGGUGAAUUCGUCAUCCUGGCCGUCAAUUUCAAGCCUUUUACACCACUCCGAGGUUCGGACGGUUCUAGCGUGGCCUUCCGCCUCCCAGAGCGCAUGACCACCAAGAUUUGGUCGCAACAAGCUGGCAUCGAGUUCGCUUGCUCAGCCUUCCUCUGUCCGUCGAUAGCCAUGCUCGAAGGCUACGACGCUCUCUUCAUCGUCGCCUCGCGCGUACCAUUCGCACUUCGGACAGCUUGCCACGAUAUCAGCGACCUCAACUUACGCACCUCCAUCAUGGUGACCUUCGAGCCCCGCAUCUCGCAGUUCAGCAUCUCCAGCCAACUAGCCACUGCCACGGCUUUACGCGCACCUGAUGUGGCUCGCUGGUUGCCGAUCAUUCUCAAUCAAUCUCCUCAUCUGCCUUAUGUUGACCUUGCACUCAAGCGGGCGCCAGACUUCAAGGGCAGCGUUGAUCGCCGCCAGGUUGACAGAGUGUAUGAGAUGAUGCUGAACUGGCGCAAGUGGAAUCCCGAGCAAUUGGCUGCACUGAGAAGCGUACGCAGCGCAGUUGGUGGCAUCAUCUUGAUUAGCGGCCCUGCAGGAACUGGCAAGACUUUGGUGCAGCAAAUUCUGUGUGCCUUCUUCUAUCUCAUUGGAUUACACGUGCUGGUACUUGCACCAGCCAACAGCAAUGUCGCCGACUUUGUCAGCAAGCUCCACAAGAACUUCCCAAGCGGUGAUGUUGAGGCUUUGCGAGUAUUUCCCCGCUCCGCCGAAACCGAUCUCAAGGAUGCUGUCGGCAAAGAUGCGACAACUGGGCCCAGCACUUCGUUGAACCCAGGACUACCGCCCACGCACCUGUUCGAAUUCGAGUUGGUGCGAUCCGAAGUCAACGCCGCAGGGGAGAAGUACUCAAAAGGUCGUGAGUCUGGCCUCCAGCACAAGGUGCUCAAGACCGCUCGCAAUGGCUCUCUUGACGGCACACUUCUACAACCGAUCAUGGAUGCGAAAGGCAAGGCGAUCAGUGACGGCAAGGUCGACAUGUGGAAAGAGUUACGCAGAUGCAUCGAAAUGUGCGAGCGCGGCGAUUUCGACUGGCAAGACGACAAACUCGUCAACAUUUACGAGCAAUCUUACAGCGCUUGCAAGUGUCAGUUCAUUGCACGCAGCAGGCUCAUCGUCACCACCACUGGCAACGUCCACAACCCCGACAUCCAAGAGAACUGGGCACAAGACAUGCAUGGCGUCAAGUGCAAGGGCGUGGUGGUCAUUCUGGACGAGGCCUGCAAAGACAACGAGAUUGACACGCUUGGGCCGCUCAUGUGUCCCGGCUUUCGCUCCAAGGUCACUGGCAUGAUUAUGGUCGGCGACGAUCGGCAGCUUGAGCCGACAGAUACCUCAGCCAAAGGCCGCGUCCAAUUCAGCCUCUUCCCGGGCCGCAGCUCGAUGCCGCUUGCGACUCGUCUGAAGAGUGAGGGCCAUCCGUGCGUUGAGCUGCUUGAGCAGCAUCGAAUGAGCGUCCGCAUUGCCGACUGGCCAUUCACCAACUUCUACCCACCUGGCAUGCGUAGCUCACCCAACACGUACCGAACCUUACGCGAAAAGCUACCAGGACUGCGAGUGUGCCUUGCCAAAACGCUGGGCAAGGAUCUCGGACAUCUCUCACAGCUGUACUCAGCAGUCGACGAGGACGACUUUCUUCGUUCGCACUACGUUCAGGUAAUGGGCCGGCGAGUGAAGCGCAACCUCUCCACCGUUGUCCGCGAGCACAUACUGGCAUUCUUCAACCACAUCUUCUGGGACCUACAUGCUUACUUUGGUACCGAAUUGCAUGACAACGUGACUGUCAUUGUCGCCUACAAGGAAGCGCGGUUUUGUUGGCAACAAGCUUUGAAGCAUUUGAUGCGCAUCCACAAGCUGACGACAAGAGAGUUACCGAAUGUCAUGACGAUUGACUCCAGUCAAGGCACUGAAGCAACCAUCACCAUCGUCGACUGCUCUGUUCAGCAGUAUCGGAAGGACAGCGACAUUGGAUUCAUUGACGACGAUCGCCGUAUCAACGUUGCAAUGACCCGCGCGCAAGAAGUCCGUUGGUUUCUCGGUGGUAGCUGCAGUGCUGAUGAGCGUUACGCUCGACGAACCAAGCUUCCGGCUUACGUUCGAUACCGCAACCACACUGAGACGACGAACAGUCUCUCGAACUUCGGUGGCGAAGUUCUACCUGCUGAUGGCGCGGGCUGGCUGGAGAAGCUUGAGAAGAGAGACGUCUUGCUCCAGAAGACCUUUGUGGAUGACAUGCGUCGUCUUGGCAGGUGAAGAGGCACGGCGGAUCCCAGAAGAAGAGGUUUUAACGUCACCUUGUUGGCAGUAUUGAGAUUGCACACCUCCUUGCUUGUUUAGCAAUUCGGACUGCGGCAUCAGAUGCGUACAUAGAGUGAGCUUUGGAGACGUGAUAUGAGCGUCAUGUUCAGGACUAAAGGAAUGCACAACUGUAACUACUGUUCCCAC